UCUAUAUAAACUCUAGGAUUUUAUUAUCCAUGCACCAAGCAAAUAUCAAUAGCAAAAGCAUAUGAAUUGUACCUCUCUUGAAGACAUGAAAUCACUUUUUGCUCUCAUCCUCCUCAUUCCACUUGCCUUGUAUGCUAGCAGCACAGAUGCAAGAAGAGACCCUGGAGAAUAUUGGAAUAUUGUGAUGAAAAAUGAACCCAUGCCUAUAGCAAUCAAGCAUCUUAUGCCUCGGUAUGACGUUCCUUUCGAGCCAAGGCCAACUUUAACUGCUUAUUAUCAUGAUGAUGCUAGUCUCAAACAAGAAAAGUCUUUUGAACCAAGGCCAACUGCAACUUCUUACCAUGAUAAUGAUAAUGAAGUCAGUCUUAAAGGAGAAAAGUCUUUUGAACCAAGGCCGAGUGCAACUGCUUACCAUCAUGAUGAUGUUGGUCUCAAACAAGAAAAAUCAUCAUUUACUAAAGAUUUUGAACCAAGGCCAACUGCAACUUCUUACCGUGAUGAUGAAGUCAGUCUUAAAGGAGAAAAGUCUUUUGAACCAAGGCCAAAUGUUAGCAUGUACAAUGAUUGAUAUGGCAAAGUCAUUGUGUGUCAUUUAAUUUUCUUGUUAACUCCCUCCCUGUGAAUGCCCUUUCGUUUUUAUGUGGUUUAUGGAAUAAGGAUGGAUAAACAUUUGUACUAUAGUAUUUCUUCAGUUUAAUGUAAUGGUUGUUUCAUUGUGUGCAAAUUUGUCUCUAUUCUUAGAGUGCAUAGUAUUGGAUCACCUCUACUUGAAGGAAUUACCUUAUCCCAA